AUGGCGGAAGCUGCGAGCAAACCCGUGUUCUUCUUCGACAUCGACAAUUGCCUUUACUCCAAAAGCACACGCGUUGCCAACAUGAUGUCGGACCUCAUCGACAAGUACUUCCAGACCCAUUUGUCUCUUACCCAAGAAGAGGCCAACACCCUGCACAUGAAGUACUACAAGGACUACGGCCUUGCCAUCGAGGGUCUUGUCCGCCAUCACAAGGUCGACCCUCUCGAAUACAACAGCAAAGUAGACGAUGCCCUUCCCCUUGAAAAGGUCAUCAAGCCGAAUCCUCAGCUACGGAAAAUGCUGGAAGACAUCGAUCACAACAGGGUCCGCCUGUGGCUGUUCACUAACGCCUACAUCAACCACGGACAAAGGGUCGUGAAACUCCUUGGGAUCGAAGACCUGUUCGAGGGCAUCACCUAUUGCGACUACGGCGCCGAGAAGUUUGUGUGCAAGCCGCACGAGGCCAUGUUCCAGAAAGCCAUGGAAGAAGCAGGCGUCAAGAGAUCCGAAGAUUGUUACUUUGUUGACGACUCCGCCUCCAACGUACGCGCAGCUAAGGAGCUUGGAUGGACCGCCGUUCACUUUGUCGAAUCUACAGAGCCGGCACCGGCCCAACAGGCAUCGCAGUACCAGAUUCACCAUCUGGAGGAACUCCGGACCAUAUUUCCGCAGUUCUUCACCACGCCACCCAAUGAUCCGCCUUCGAAGUCGAUCCCUUAG